AUGAGUGACCCCUUCGUCACCCAGUCUGUUUUUGAGGACGCCAUCGCCAAGAUGAACGACAUCAGCCAGAAGUUGGACCGGGAGCUUCGCAGCGUCCGGCACGCCGGAGGACUAGAAGGUCUGGACAUCGACAUUCUACUUGGAGGGCACCACCAGCCAAUGGUACUACCACCUGGAGAAGAAUCGCGGCGUCCCUACUUGGCCCACUUUUGUCGAAGGCGUCAACAAGCGGUUUGGGCCCCCGCGUGCAGCAAUCCCCUUGGGGAGCUGACCCAUCUGCGUCGCACGGGCUCCAUCGACAACUACCAGGAGCAAUUCCUCAAGCUCUUGGCGCGAUGCGAGGGGGUCACCAAGCAACAGCAGAUUGAUAUCUUCACUGCCAACCUUCUCCAACCAAUGAGCAUCGACGUGGAGAUGCAUAAGCCCGAGACCCUCGAGGACGCCAUGGCGCUUGCCCGUGCCUACGAGCGCCGCACCCAGGUGGUUGAUGAUGGCGCUCAUUCCUUGGUGCGUUCGUCGCGUUCAUUGUCACACACUGGCAUGUUCCAUGCCACCCCAGCCUGGUCUCCAUCGAAAUCGCUAGCAUCAAGCGCUUCAUCUACAAAGUUGAGUGCACCGGUCAAGCCUGUUGCUUCGCCAAGCGCGCGCUUCACGCUCCUCACGCCAGUGGAGAUGGCACAUCACCGCCUCGACAGCUUGUGCUUUAACUGUCCGGUGAAGUUCUCACGCGAACACGCCAAGCAAUCUUCCAUGAAGGGCAUCUAUUGGAUGGAAUUGGAGGGUGAUGACGAUGUUUUCGAUGGCAGGGCCGAGGACGAGCCGACGAUCUCCGUCAACGCCAUCAUUGGCAUCCAAACGAGCUCCACCUUACAGCUUGCCACUGUCGUCCACGCCGUCGGCCUCACCACCUUGGUGGAUUCGGGAUCCACCCAUUCGUUCAUUGCCGCGGACACUGCCGCCCGGCUUGGGCUCACUCCUGAGGCACGGCUGGGCCUCACCGUCGGCGACCGUGUGCCGUCCAUUGGCGUCUGCAGGAACGUCAUCGUCCACAUUGGCCAGGAGAAGUUCUGCAUCAACCUGUUUGUCAUCCCGCUCGACGGCUACGAGCUCGUCCUGGGUUGCGAGUGGCUUCGCACUCUGGGACCCAUCCUCUGGGACUUCACUCGGUUGUCCAUGGCAUUCUGGUGCCAGGACCACCGCGUCAAGUGGUUCAGGGUCAAUGCCUGGCCUUCUCCACGGCUGGCCCUCACUGGGACCUCCGACUUACUGGCGCUGCUCCUCCAAGAAUUCGAUGAUCUAUUCGUGAUGCCAUCGGGCCUUCCCCCGCUGCGGGCUUUCGACCACCGCAUCCACCUUCUGCCAGCGACUCCACUAGUGGCGGUGCGUCCCUACCGCUACCCGCAGCUGUUGAAAGAUGAGAUCGAGGCCCAAUGCCAGGCGAUGCUGGAGCAGGGGAUCAUCAGGGCAAGCACGUCGGCCUUCUCAUCGCCGGUGCUACUGGUGCACAAGCGGGAUGACACUUGGCAUUUCUACAUCGAUUACUGCACCCUCAACCUCAAGACUGUCCGCGACAAGUUUCCGAUUCCGGUGGUGGAGGAGCUCCCGGACGAACUAAAGGGCGCGAUCUUCUUCUCCAAGCUCGACCUCCGUAGUGGCUAUCACCAAGUUCAGAUGCACCCAGAGGAUGUCUCGAAGAUGGUGUUUUGCACCCACCAUGACCACUUUGAGUUCCUAGUGAUGCCUUUUGGCCUCACCAAUGCACCGUCCAUGUUCCAGGCUCUGAUGAACGAUGUGCUAUGGCCGUUCCUCCGCCGCUGCAUCCUUGUCUUCUUCAACAACAUAUUGAUCUACAACAAGUCUUGGACAGAGCACCUUCAACACGUUCGUGCCGUUUUCUUUGUCCUGCGCGAGCACAACCUCAUCCUCAAGUUGCCCAAGUGCCUCUUCGGUGAGCACCGUGUUCACUACUUGGGCCACAUCAUCGCCAACAACACCAUGGCCAUGGAUGCAGACAAGAUUUCCGCCGUCCAAGCUUGGCCCCUUCCACGCUCCGUCAAGGUGCUCCACGGUUUCCUAGGGCUGACCAGUUACUACCGCUAG